AUGUCUUCCCGCGACGAUGCGUCUCACGGCGCAUCACCUCCCUCCUACGAACCCUCAUCUUCGACUACCGGCGCACCCCCGACCUAUGCCAGCUUCUCCCCCGUAACACUCUCUGCGAAUACUCCAUCUCGAUCCUCACGACGAUCAACUAUCCUCGUCCACCAAAAGAGCCCCCUGCUCCUCGCUACUCCUCCUCAAAUCACCCGCGCCCUCGCCUACAGCCACCCUUUCCUCCUUCCCUUGAAUACACUUGCCGGACUCCUCACUUGGAGUACUGGAGAUCCCUGGCAAAGCUUUCUAUUAUUAAGCUUCUUCUGGGCGGUUGUUCUGUAUGGCGAUGUAGUAAUAACGUGGGCCGGCCCAAUCCUGGUCGGAGUUGCCCUCAUUGCCGGCAUGUACGGCCGGAGAUACAGUCCCCUCAGUAGUAGUGGGUGGACUGAAUCCCGGGGCCAAAAUACUGGUACCAAGGGAGCAAACCAAAACGCCGACGAGAGCAGCCAGCAGAACGGCAAAGCAAACGCUGGCGAGAAACAGUCGAAACAUGUUAGAGGAAACUCCGAGGUCACCAACACAAAACAUCAAAAGACACUAGACGAGAUCGUCGAGACUCUUAAACAGCUUACAGGAAGAUGUAAUGUUCUCAUGGAGCCUUUGCUCGACAUGACGGAUUUUCUCAGCACUCAAACAACCGCAAUCAGUGCUACCACGAGACCAGCGCUGACUGUCAUCUUCAUGCGACUGCUUAUUAUCACGCCCAUCUGGAUCGCGCUUACUGUUCCGCCGUGGAGAGUCGUCACCACCAGACGUGUAAUACUAGUGGCUGGAACUAUCAUUCUGACUUGGCAUGCAAGGGUUCUCCGAGUAUCGCGGGCCAUUCUCUGGAGAAGCUCCACAGUUCGGAGACUUGCUGCCGGUAUUACCGGUCUCCAUUUUGAUACUCCCGAACAACCCUUCCGAAAGGACUUGGCCCAGGCUUCCAAGAAGGGCACGGAUCGUGUGGCUCAGCAAGGAGAUUCGGAACUUACCAAGGCUCUUGGGAAAGCGACAAGUUUUCAAACCAACCGCAGAAACGUUACAGGAAAGACGGCAGGAGUCAAGUUUACUUUCAUCAUAUACGAGAACCAAAGACGAUGGAUCGGUUUGGGUUGGACCAAUAAUUUAUUUGCAUAUGAACGAGCUGCAUGGACGGAUGAUCACAACAACUCAGUGCCUGCUAAAGAUGACUUUGAACUACCAGAUGUAUCAGACGGAAGCCAUAUGGAGUGGAGAUGGGUUCCUGGGAGCCGCUGGCGUGUCGAUGGUGUAUCUGAUGAGAGUGGCCCGAUAGACUAUGAUGGGAACGAGGGGAAGAGCGGAUGGAUCUUUUACGACAACAAGUGGCAACACGGCCAAAGAGGUUCAGAUGGCUGGGGUCGUUGGACAAGACGAAGAAAGUGGUACCGCGAUGCCGAGCUUGUCGAAGUUGAUCAGAACGCAGACUCCAAGGAAGCUUCGAAAGACAAGGAAUCCCCAGCAGUAACGAAACUACGAUCUCAACCAUACGCCAGUAACGAAGCAAUGGUAUCGACACGAACCGCCGAGGUACAAGCAGAGGACACCAGUAACGAUGACGCAAGCUCCAAAGUAGCAGACGAUUCCUUGUCAGUACACUCGACAUCCUCAAAAUCUUUCCUUCGGUCGCCUUUUCUGCGAAAACGAGCCACUGACCGACCUGGAGCCGAUAAUAAGGAACGCACCAGACGAGACAGUAGAACCAGUAGGACGAGCAGUCUGUACAACGACGAUGACGCCGAUGCUUUAGGUGCGGAGCUGGCUUUGGAGAUUCAGAAACAAGGUAGGCCUGGAGGACAAUGGGGUAUUGGCGACGAGGCACGAAUGAGUCUUGAGUAA